GGCUCCUCGAUUCGUUCGUGCCAUCCUUCACCUCCUGGAGCGCUGCAUCAGGCGGAUUAAACACAAGGAGCUUAAGUCCAGCGAGCGCUGGGACAUGUCCUGCAGACCAGCCUGCUCCUCACUCCGUCCUCCUCCUGCACUGUGAGCAUGUUCUCCACAACGCUAACCGCACUGUUCCUUUUACAUCGGUUCUACUCGGCCGUCGGGUUCUGCGUGACGGGAUGCUCCUGCACUGAAGACAGCGCUGGAAGAUCUUUAUUAUGUAUGCAAACUGCUUUAGGAUCAAUUCCCGAGAACCUCCCUGGAGAUUUGAUCAAAAUCAGAAUCGAGAAUUCGCACCUCACAGAAAUCCCUGAAAGGACUUUUCACACAGUCAGUGCCUUGGAGUCGCUGUGGCUGAACUUUAACACCAUCACGCUGAUGAACAUUAAGAGCCUUGAAGGCCUGUAUAACCUGACUGAACUCCGACUGGAAGGAAAUAAACUCAGAACGAUACCGUGGAUGGCCUUUCAGGACACGCCCAAACUCAAAAUCCUGGAUCUGAAGCACAACCGGCUGGACGUGCUGCCGGAAUUCGCGUUACGCCACCUGUCCUCACUGACCUAUUUAGAUUUAUCCUUCAAUCAGCUUACGGUGAUAUCCCUGGAUGUUUUUCUCAACUGGCCUCGCUAUCAGGUACAAAAGCCCAGCAGGAGGGAGGACAGUGAUGCUAACGUCGUAUUAGCGUUGCAUGAUAACCACUGGCUGUGCGACUGCCGACUCAAAGGCUUUGUCGACUUUGUCAAAUCCGUCAGUCCGCCCAUCAUUUUGAUGAACUCGUACCUGUCCUGUUCAGGUCCAAAAUCUAAAGCUGGGAGGUUUUUUCAUGACGUUGAGUUGAGGAAUUGUCUGAAGCCGGAAAGUUCUACCCCUGACGCUAACGUCACGGCAGUGCUAGGGUCCAACACGACGCUGAGGUGCUUUGUGAAGGCGAGGCCUGAUGCGGUGGUUCGAUGGAGCUACAGUCUAAAAGCCAUCAGAGGUUUCACAGUUUCUCAGUCGCAGGUGAACGAGGAUACGAUCAUCUCGGCUUUAAUAAUCCCGACAGUCCGCUCAUCCGAUCACGGCCUCUACAAAUGCAGCGCCAGCAACUUCAUCGGGAAUUCCUCUGUUAGCAUCCAGCUGAACAUCUUGUACUCCAACGCUUCCUUUGCGAUGCCCCCGGGCUUUCCUCUGCCCUCCGUCAACGAAAACAUUUACAUCGAUAUACGAAUCGCCAAGCAGACCGUGUACGGUAUAACCAUCGAGUGGUAUGCGGUGACGGAGAAUCCCUCUGAAACGUGGUUCACUGUCCAUUUCGGUCGCUACGAUUCUCCAAAGAAAGAGGCUCUGUACGUCGGCCCAGGCAUCAACAAGUACACCGUGAGCGACCUUGAACCAGCCACAAAGUACGAGGUGUGCGUCUCGCUGAAGAAUCAGUCGCCUCGUCCUGAGCAGUGUAUUGUUUUCGUGACGGGGAGCAGCACGAACGAACUGGAGCAGCGUGAACGACUCAUCCACAUUAUUGUGAUCGUUUGCGCCAUGGUGCUAGCGGUUCCUGCGGGAAUGUUCGCCUGCACCACCAACACCAGGAUCAGCUGCAUGGAUCGCUGCAUUCAGGUCUGCAGCAGGAAUCGGGAAAAGAGAGACGCAAAGGACUCGCAGGAAAACGACAGGCAGGGAACGUUCGACAGUCUCCAGACGGCCAGCGACGAAGGACUCUGCAGAGAUUCGGGAAAAGAGAAGAAAUGGAGACGGCGCUCAGAAGAUAAAGUGCAGAAGGCUAACAGCGCACAGCUCUACUAACCAACAUGGUGGAUCGAUUUAUAUAAACUGCCUCACAAGCGGGUCAGUCAUAAAAUACUGACGCACCAGCUGAGAACUCUCUGAAUGGGCGUGGCUUAAUAUUCUAACGAGCACUCUUA